AUGCGUGUCCAACAGCUCCUCCCUCUUUGUGGCCUCCUACUUGCCAGCGUUUCCAUCGCAUCCAAGUUGGACCACGACGACGUCCCCAAUCGCUGCUGGUCUGCCUGUGGCUCCGUCGUCGGAAUCGCCAAGAGUUGUGAUGCCCAGCACGAACGAGACUCGGCUGAGAUCCAAUGCAUUUGCGAUUGGGACGCCGCCAAAACUCAGAUUCCGCUCUGCUCCGCCUGCAUCACCCAGUAUCAAAAUGACAGGCGCAACCACAACAUCACCCAUAACGAUCAUGACGACCAUGACGACCAUGAUGACCAUGAUGACCAUGAUGACCAUGACGACCAUGACGACCAUGACGACUAUGACGGUGAUGAUGAUGACGACGACGACGAUAACGAGGCCCUUGACCUUGUCUACUCUUGCUCGCUCACCACGACUACCUACAACCCUGCCGCCACUACUGUGACUGGCACAUCUACCACCACUGCUGGUUCAAACACAGCAACCGCCACAGAUUCUUCUAGUACUACUGGUUCAAACGGAGCCGCCGGAACAGACUCUUCUAACACCAGCGGAACCAACAGCCAGGAUUCGACUUCGUCUGUCUCCUCGGGAUCCUCUGAUUCCGCUGGUGCCUCAGGCUCUGCGUCCUCUUCCACUCCUACCCCUGAUGCUGCAGCUGGGAUUUCUGCUCCCGGUGCUGCAUCCAUGGCAGGUGUCAUGGGACUGAUGGCUUUUGCUUGGCUGUGA